AGGCAGUUCCGAGUGAUCCGCGAGAGCAUGUUGACGGACGUGAUCUCCUAACCACUCCUAGCGCGUCAUCUUCACACGCCGAAUCUCACCCGCGAAAAUCUCGCACUCGCGAGGAAAAGAAAGUGGUCGAGUUGUGAGAAUUUACUGAAUUAUGAGAAUUUCAUGUUUGUUCGAUGAUACACGAUGAGUGAAAAUUUGGAGAACAUUAAUCCGAAGCUCUACAAAAAAUUAGAUGACCGAGAGAUUACACUCGAGGAACAAAACGAUGAUAUUGCGGACGAAUUUGAUGCACGUGAGAUUUUCGAUAUAAUUAGAAAUAUCAAUGAUCCCGAGCAUCCUUUGACUCUGGAGGAAUUAAAUGUAGUGGAACAGAAUCUCAUUGAGGUUGAUGACAAAAGGAAUAGAGUAGAUGUAAAAUUUACACCUACAAUUCCACACUGUAGUAUGGCCACUCUAAUCGGAUUGUCCAUUCGCGUGCAACUGCUACGUGCUUUACCUGCUAGAUUCAAAGUCAGCGUGGAAAUCUCCCCAGGUACUCACGUCUCGGAAGCCGCAGUGAACAAGCAGCUCGCGGACAAAGAACGUGUGGCUGCGGCUUUAGAGAACUCUAUGUUACUUGGCGUGAUCAAUCAAUGCUUGGCACCGAAAAAUUAGCAAGUCACAUAAAUUCUGCGAUUACGGAACUAAUUAAAAUGUCCUCGUGAUUUUGUUAUUAUGUAUAUAUAUGUUGUAAAGUAGCUCUUAUAUCUCAUUUUGAACAAUGAACGUAAGCUGGUAUUUAUUAGUCAGUUUUUAUAUUUAAAACUAUCUUAAGUGCUGCAGGAAAUUUUGUUAUGCAGGAAGCUUUGAAUAAACUGUGAAGAGAGAAAAAUUUGAAAUAUAAAGAAGGAGAAAAAGCAAAAAGAAUUGCGAAAAUAGAUUAGAUUGAAACAAUUGAGACUUAAACAAAGAAAAACAGAAACUGAAAGAAAAAGAACGUAAAGAUUUACUUUUUUCUACAAAAUUGUUGCAAAUAAAAAUUGCGAAAAGUAUUAAUAUAUAAAUUUUUAUUUGUAUUUUGUUAUUUAAACAACUUUUUAUUCUAUGAUAAGAAUAAUUUUAUAGAUUUUAUUAUCUGAAAUAAUGUUUUUCGAGAGGAUUUAAUUUAUUCGUUUUUAUCAAUAUGAAAAGAGGGCAAAUAUUAUACAAUUGGAUAGUCUUGAAAUAAAAAUGAUUAUGAAUACCAGCAGAAUUACAAAAAUUCUUUAAGAACUGCAAAACUGCUGUGAAUAAUGUGAAUAAUGAAUCUUGAUUUUAUAAGAAUAAAUUAUUUGAAAUAUAUUAGUGAUAUAUGUAUAGAAAUAUAUCAGUGAUAGAAAUAUAUCAAAUAUACAUUAAUGUAAACAAAUUUGUUUGAAAUGUUGCAUUGAUUAAUAAGAUUAUUGUGUAUAAUUUUACAAAUAUUAAAGAGCAGUAAUAAAGUUAUGAUGAAAUCAAUAGAUA